CUCGUAAACAGGGAUUCCUUCUCUCUCUCUCUCUCUUGUUCUGAUCCUGUGUGUUUUGUCUGUAAGCUGUAACAUUUUCUGGGACAGUGCAAGAGAGCAAUGGACUCAAAACCCAAUUCACACUCAUUGGGUCUCUCACUCUCGGCCACUCCUCUUAUUUCAAAUUUGAAUGCCCUUUUUCACUCCUCCUUUUGGGUCCCUACGCCCAGCUCUCUUCGCGCCCGCGUCUCUCUCGCCCUCCCUUUGACUGCCUCGGUCUAAUCCCCACCCACCUUGACCUCACCUCGCCAUCCCAUAUUUAUAACCCAAAAUCCCCUUCUUUCGCAACAUUCAUCAAACACUUUCAAAGCCUAUGGAGUCAGGCAUGGAAAAGCCAGCCCAGCGCAGUGAAAACAAUGAUACCAAAUCCGUCACUAGCAAUCUCCAAGACCUUAGUUUCAAUACCAGUGUUAGCGUCAGUCUUUGUAGCAGCACAGUUUCUGGGUCUGAUAACAGUGUGAGUAGCAGCAAUAUGAGCAAUGCCAGCACCUCUGAGGCUCACAAGAAUGACGAACCCGUGGUGGACUAUGAGGAAAGCGACACACGAAGUUUGAGUCACGCGAGCAAAUCUAACAGCUUCGAUGCAAAUGAGUCCAGCUUUCGGAGCUUUUGCCCGUCGAAGCCGCACAAAGGCAACGAUAUACGAUGGGAUGCCAUACAAUGCGUGAAAGCUAAAGAUGGGGACUUGGGGCUAGGACAUUUCAGGCUUUUGAAGAAGCUCGGGUGUGGGGAUAUAGGGAGUGUGUAUUUGGCGGAGUUAAGGGGAAUGGGUUGUUUGUUUGCCAUGAAGGUGAUGGAUAAGGGCAUGUUGGCUGGGAGGAAGAAGCUGGUGAGAGCUCAGACUGAGAGGGACAUAUUGGGUUUGUUAGACCACCCCUUCCUUCCGACCCUUUAUUCCCAUUUCGAGACCGAAAAGUUUUCUUGCUUAUUAAUGGAGUUUUGCAGUGGCGGGGAUCUUCAUACGCUCCGGCAGCGCCAGCCGGGGAAGCAUUUUACGGAACAGGCAGCCAAAUUUUAUGCUUCUGAAGUUCUUCUUGCCCUUGAGUACCUACACAUGAUGGGAGUGGUGUACAGAGACUUAAAGCCUGAAAAUGUAUUGGUGAGGGAGGAUGGCCAUAUCAUGCUCUCUGAUUUUGAUUUAUCAUUAAGAUGCUAUGUGAGUCCCACCCUUGUUCAGUCCAGUAUAGAGCCAUCCUGCCGGAUAUCUUCUUAUUGUAUUCAGCCGUCGUGCAUUGAUCCAGCCUGCAAACUUCCCGUUUGUGUGGAGCCCUCUUGCUUGCAACCUUCUUGUUUUAAGCCUCGUUUUCUCAAUUCCAAAAGAACAAAGGUGAGGAGUGAAAAAAUGGCAAAUUCAGAUUCACUUCCUGUGCUAAUUGCAGAACCAACUAGCGCCCGCUCUAUGUCAUUUGUUGGAACCCAUGAAUACUUAGCUCCUGAGAUAAUAAGAGGGGAUGGUCAUGGGAGUGCUGUUGAUUGGUGGACAUUUGGUAUUUUUUUGUAUGAGUUGCUACAUGGGAGGACACCAUUUAAAGGCAAUGGAAACCGAGAGACAUUAUUCAAUGUUGUUGGUCAGCCCCUAAAAUUUCUAGACGGAUCCAGUAUCAGCUUUGCUGCUAAAGACUUGAUCCGGGGCCUCCUUGUAAAGGACCCACAAAAGAGAUUAGGGUUCAAAAGAGGUGCUACUGAGAUCAAACAGCAUCCCUUCUUUGAAACUGUUAAUUGGGCUCUCAUCCGCGGUACUCACCCUCCAGAGAUUCCAAAACCAGUUGAUCUUGCAUUUUUGAACCACACAUUUAAGUCUUCGGCGCCUCCGAACGACAAAGGUGCAACUGACUCAAAUAGGUCAUCAGGUCCUUACUUAGAUUUUGAAUUUUUUUAAUUUUUAUUUUGAUAAGAUGAUUGAAACUGUUGGCUUGUUGUAUUCAUGUUGUCAAUGUUAGUUUAUUCCCUUACAUGGUUAUAUUAUUU